AUGAAUGAGAAACAGAAACACCAAUACAUGCCUUUUCUUUUCAAUAGUCUCUCAUCCUCUUUCAUGUUCCAUCGUAAAAAGAGUCUCUCUCUUUGCAAAUCAAACCAAAUAAUUGAAAUCAACAUAAAAAUACUGAGAGAAAGAAUUUACCACUCCUUAUGUGGCGGUGGUGCUUCGGAUCUGCGAGAGAGAUCCCGUCGGAAAGGGCGUGGUAGUGUUUUUGCGGCGGAGACUGGAGGCUGGUUCGAAUGCGGUGGUAGGAGUUGUUGUAUGCACGGAGGAGUUGCUGUUACGAAUGACUUCUCGUGGUGGAGGGUUUGGUCGGCACUCAGUUUUCGUCAGUGGUGA